AUGGCGGAAGCAGACGCCUUCAUCUCCGCGGCGCUGCAGCAGAGCGGCUGGUUAGAAGCAGACGCGUCCUGGUCUGUGGCGGAUCUUUCGUCCGACGCUCUCAUCGUCCUCGUGCUCAAGUUCCUGGCGCGUCUACAGGACGCAGACAACGGCGUAAACUUUUCGCUUUCAUGUACAGAGGCCAAGGCACCCGUGGGUGUUGCGGCGCGACAUCGCGUGGGCUCUCAGCUCGCCAAUAUCCUUAAGGAGCUGGGGUACGCUGGAGAUUGUGGCUACAACCACUUCCUGUAUCCGAGCGAGAAGGAGACGAGGAACAUUUUGUCGUGGUUAGUGGGGAAGCUACCGAGGUCCAAGCACGAGGAGAAUGAGGACGAGGUCAGCAAAAGUGAAGUUUUGGCCUCAAUGGGAGCUAAUAGCAGUAUAGCGGAAGCUGCAGCUUCAGUCCUGGCCAGUGAUCGCUUAGCAAACAUUUUCUCGAGCUGGAAACGAGAGAAGACGCUGCAUAUGUUACCGAAUCAAAAUGUCCAGGGACUGCGAGGCUUUCAGCGCCUGCCUUUGCAGACUUCUCCACUGGAACUGCCAUGGAGCAGACCUGGAAAAUCGACACACAAUUUGUUUGAGAAAUUUUCAAGCGAUUCCAUCAAGGCGACGUCACUUUUAGAGGCCCUAGCAGUGGCGAAGCGUGGCUCCACAAUGUUCCUUCGAGAAGAUGAGUUUGACGAUGACGUAGAGGAGGAUAACGUGGAUGCUCAACUGAAACAAGGACAGGUUGAGGGACUUCUGACGGACGCAACAAGAGCUGGAGAAAGUGGCUUCUUAUCGCCACAAGAAGCGGAAGCAGAGGACGACGAAUUCGCGACUAUUGAGCCCCAAACGUUCCUCUCGAGUGCACUUCCGGACGUCCCGCUUUCGCUAAAUAAUCCAUCGUCAGGAACUACGGAUACGAUGGCUACAGAAGGCGCCACGACGGACUCGACUGGGUCUGCCAGCAUCGGAGCAAGUCAAUUCGCUGUCUUGCAAACAGCCAACGACAACGAGGAGCAAUCACUGGACGAGGUGCAGAAGCAGGUGGAUGAUACAGAGCGGCGUAUUGCUGCGAUGCGCAAAGUGCUCGAUCGUGAACGUGGACACCUGCAGCAAGUCGAGCAGCACGUUCUCGAGACACAAUCCACCGGACAAGAAUUACAAAAGCAACUCGCAAGGCAGAAACAACUUCUGGCGAUGCUCCCGCAGGCACAAGCGAACAUUCUUAAACUCGAGGCAAUUUGCCAGUCGAACGCAGAGAAGAAAGUCGAGAUAUCGCAGCAGAUGGGGAGCGCACGAGGACCUCUACUCCUGGAGUAUGCUGCAUUGGAAGGCCAGAAAUCGAGUCGCAAAGCUCGAUGUCGCCAGCUAAUUCGCGAGAUGAAGGCGUUUCGAGCCGAGAUGCUCGAGAUCAGUGGCAUUAUUCAGUCCAAGAUGGAGAGUCUCAAGGCUCUAGAGAGGGUACAGGAGCGACAGUUGGCAAAACUCGGCCAGAAGAAAGACGCUGAUGGCCCCAUGACUCGCAACAUGUACACGUCCCGUAUCAUGGAUAUCAUCAAGCAAGUUCACAAGCAGAAGCAGGACAUCGCCAAGAUCCUGGACGACAUCAAGGGGCUUCAAAAGCAGCUCAAUACUGCGUCGGAGAGGCUCAAACGGACGGAAGCAGUGGCCGAAGACAAGCUGUACAGCGCCGCCAGUACGAGCAAAAGUACCAGCAGCACUAAAGCAGACGCAUACGUGGAAUGUUACCGCAAGUUUGCGCAAGUGCGUGAGUUGUUCGAAGAGCUCAUUGUGGUCGUGGGGGAUGUGGGGAAGAAGGAAAACGCAGCUCGUGAUCUGCAAAACUGGAUCUCGCAGCUCGAGUCACGCGACAGCAGCAGCCAUUUGGACAAAGUACUGGCUGAUCUUGAGAGUGUGCGGCUUGAGAAUGGCACUCUGCAGAACGAGUUGCGUGCACGGAUCGCCUAGAUAGGCAGCAAAACAUCUUGGUGUUGUCUUAUUGACGAGCUUGUAGCAGGAAUGGCAGCCAUCCGUUGUCAGAAGACCGCGAUGUUUCGGGGUCCAGCACGACUGCAGAAUAAUAAAUGAUUAGAUUGUGUGUAGUAACACACUAAGGAGA